UGGCCUCUGCAUGAUAACCGUAGCUGAAAAGCUAAAAGUUUUUCAAUUUGUUUCUCAAAUUUAUUUUCAUUCCCUACUAUUAUGGCGAAAAGUUUUGUGUCCGUGUUCAAGCUGGACGGCGUUCCUAUCCUGCCUCCGGUGAUGAACGAUGAUGUGCGUGCGAUGGUGGCCAUUUACCGGCAGAAGGCGAUCGAAAUUGAAAAGCGGUUACGAGAACGAAAACAGGAUUCUACAGAAAGCGUAGCAGAGAAGUGCAUAGAAAGCUGGAAACAAUCUAGUGAUCCUGUUGUAGAAGCUUCGAAAAUGACCCAAACAUUUCCGGCGAUCGAGGCUGCAGCCGACUCGGAGAAUCGAUCGUCGAUUGAAAAAUCUUUCUCACUUGAAACAACUAGUGCUAGCUCAAAAAACACAACGAUUGAAUAUGAAGAACUCCCCGAUUCCUCAGUCAGUUUGCAAAGGGAAUUGUCAAGAACUCUGACACCAGCAAAACAGACAUCCGUUUGCCAUGUACACAGUCCUGUAGGCAUUACUUCUGCAGCACCACAUCAUGUUCCUAAAGAAUCGAUCAGUAAGGAGAUGGCGCACGAAGCUGUAGAGUCUCAAAUGGCUAAAAUGGGCACCCUACUACCUACAAUGACAUCAAAAACCGACCUACCAUCAUGGCAAACAUCCACCAGAACGGUGACUCCUACGUCAGACGAAUCUUUACCAUGGCUUCCGCUCGUACGAUCGAACACAUACAAUUUGGAAAAACCGACCAUUGAUUUACAAAGCUUGCCACCACCGAAUCAUUCUACUCCGGUUGAUCCGAACAAGAAUAUUUCAGGAAUAUCAUUAACACGUUCCGUGUCUCAACCAGCACCGCCAAAACCGAAAGCACAUAUAGGAAAUGAGACAGUUAACAUGAGAAAAAAAGAAACUGCCCUGGCUUUGAACAAUAAUCUAACCUCGGACAAACAAAAGGCCACGGUACCAUCAUCCUGUGGAAAAGUACGUUCGAAAAGAAUCUCAAGCGCUCGUACGGUCAGCAACUGUUCGGCGGAUUCCGCCAAUGAUCGAUCAUUUGAAAGUGUUGCCAAUGUUCUGACCUCUCAUGAGCAACGGAUGGUGGAGCUGUUACGCCGGCAGGAGGAGGAACGGUUGCUGCUGGAGAAAAGUUUCCGUGCGAAGACACAGGAAUUGGUCGCGCUUUGUGCGAAAUCGUUGACCACGGAGGUCCCCGAUUCUAACGUUCCGUUGGCAAAGACACCUGAGUUUGAUCCAGCUUCUAGUGUCAGCCAGCUAUCGCUUUGCGAUGUAUCGUACGAUUCGUGUACGGAUACGGAUGAUGCCGCGUACCAAACGUGCCAUGCUAACGGGACUUCGGAAGAGAAUGUUGCCGACAUAGAAAACAUAUUGAACAACUCUUUGGCGAAGCCUUUUAGUGAUCGUGCGUUCGUUGGAGCAAAAGCUAAUCCUUGUGAUGUAAAUCGAACGAAGGAUGUUAACGGAAACGAACAGAUCGCACUGUUACCACAGCGAAUGUACCAGCUGCAGCAACAUCGGGCAGCAACGAUCAUCAAUGCUCACGUUCGGGGCUUCUUGACACGCAGGCUGCUUCAGACGGAAGAAGUUCAGACCAUCAAGCAGACGAUCAUUGACAUUCUGUGUUUCAUCAUGCAGUCACGCUCGCGGGGACCCAGUGCAACCGAUGGCUCCGUACGACGAAGUGCCGGUAAACAUAUUACCUUCUGUCUGGACAGGCUUCAUGACAUUUUUGUCAAUUAUUCGCCAGCCCAGCGCAUACAGAUGAUCAGGCGCGAUCGUUAUUUGAAAAACAAAACUGUGGGGCCUAAAUGAUUAAAACUUUACUAAAGAAAAUAUUUCUUGUGGAAUGCCUGUUCAUAUAGAAUAAUAAAGAAGAUUAUGAGUUUUG